AUGCCCUCUGAGCCAGAACGUCAAACCCUUCUCAUUCCUCUUAACCUUGGCACACCUGCUCAAUAUGAUCCCUCUAUCUUCCCUGUCAUGAGACUGAAAGAUACAAGCACUCUUGGGCAGGUUGGUAUUGUCCUUGAAGCGACGCUGGACGAAGUAUUCAAGAUACACAAGAUGGCCACCGAUAAGAAAAAGAUACAAGACCUACUUGCCGAGACGAAGGCCUCGUAUGACACUCUGGUUUUAAAAAAGGAGGAACUGCAGAGGCAAAAGAAAUCAUUCAAUCCAGUGAAAUUAUUCUCGGCAUAUCGUUCAACUCGGUUACUUGUUGAAGCAGUGAAAGAGUUGUACACGGAUACUAGGACCACAUCAGAGAAGAUCAGAAGGCAACUGCUCUCUAUUACGUCUGCAGAAGUCGAGAAUGUACAGUGUCUGCAACUUCUUGCUCAUUCUGCUGGAUCGCUCGAACUGAAUAUCUACCCAGAUGAUGACUUACCAUCUGAUGCUCGUGUUAGCGGAAUCGCUAUCCCACUGGAGUCACCAUUGGAUCAAUCCACAGCUUCGUUUUUCAGCGAAGCUGCGAAUUUCAUUGUAUCUCAAGUGAACCUGCUCUCCGAGGAAAAUCCCUUUGCUGAUGACCAUCAAGUAGAAGACUGUGUCUGUGCGAAAAUUAGACACGGCUCAACUGCAGGCUCGGCAACUGGUGAUGGAGUUGCGCUACCAGGUAAUUCUCAUAUGUCCGUAUCAUCUUCGUCGAUAUUCGGUAACAACCACUUCAUUUUCAAUAAUAGUUAUGUUGCCUCGGGAUCUGUCAUGAACACACCAACCUCGAACCAUGGUAGUUCAAAUAACCAAGGGUCGUGUUCGUACCCUUCUCAUUUAUCUUGUGUCGUUUUCCUCUAA